AUGGAGGCUGCUUUAGCAUCUGGACUGUCAAAGGUUGUAGGAAACAAGCUAGUUUCACUGGUAUCAAGUGAGUUUGCUGCCAUAACUGGUGUGAAAAAAGAUCUCUCUGAGCUCCAGGGUGUACACGCAGAGAUUAUGAGUUGGCUGUCUUUGCUUCAUGACAGAGCAAUAGAGAGUGACCCAUCGCUUCUAUGGUUGAUAAAAUUGAGAAAUCUUCUUAAUGACAUCUAUGAUUUACUUGAUGAAGUAUACCUUGAAGAUGAAAAAUACAGGAUAGAUAGAGACCAUGGCAAGCAUGCUAUAGCUGUCUGGUUUUGUGGGAAACCAAAGUUGCUUCUGUUUCGACGGAAGGUGGCCCAUAAAAUCAAAGCAAUCAAGGUGGAAUUUGAUGCAAUUGUGAAGCAAAAAAGUGAUGCCAAUACUAUACUACAUAAUUUACAUUUGGAUCAACUAAUACAAUGCAAAAAUAAGAUAACUAGGGAGCCGUCCUUAAUGAGUAAUAAUAAAGAGUCAAAAAUACCAUCAAGGGAUCAUGUGAAGAGUGAAAUCAUAUUAGAGCUUGUGGAAUCUAAAAAAGGAGAAGCUGGUCGUAUAGUUUCUAUUGUUGGGCUUGGUGGAUCUGGCAAAACUACGUUGGCCCAACACAUCUGGCAUGAUGACAAGAUAAAAGGGCACUUCAAAGAUACAAUAUUCUGGAUCCAUGUGUCGCAAGAAUUUUGCAGGGACAAACUUAUAGGCAAGCUAUUUGAAGCUAUCAUUGGGCAGAAGUCAGAUCAUCACGCUCAACAACACAUGCUCCGUGUGAUUUCAAACAAAUUGAGUGGUAAUAAGUUUCUUCUUGUUAUGGAUGAUGCUUGGCAUGAGGACAGGCAUGACUGGGAAAAUUUCAUGGUGCUCUUAGACAAUGGUGCACCGGGAAGCAAGAUUCUUCUAACUACCCGUAAUCAAAGUGUUGCGAAAGCAGUGGAAUCUAAGGCUAUAUUCAAAUUGACAUUCUUAUCAGUGGAUGAGAGCUGGAGCUUCUUUCUAAACACUUGUGGUUGGGUAGAGGAAGAUUUGGGCUAUGCUUUUAUUCCAGUAGGAAAAUAUAUCGUCAAGAAGUGUGGUGGGUUGCCACUAGCAAUAAAAACUCUCGGAUCUGUACUCCGGGAAAGAAGGGGGAUAAAUACUUGGAGGGCCAUAAGAGAGAGUAAUUUAUGGGAUGAAGAGAAUAUAGAAGCUCGUGUGUUCACAUCCUUGAAACUAAGCUAUAUUUACUUGAAAGAUCAUCUGAAGCAGUGCUUUACAUUUUGCUCUAUAUUCCGUAAAGGUUGUGAAAUCAACAAAGACUACUUGAUUGAACAAUGGAUGGCCCAUGGAUUCAUCAAGUUGAAGAAGGAAGAGCUAGCACAUGAUAUUGGAAAUGAAUACUUUGAUUCCCUUAUGAGAGCUAGUUUUCUUCAUGAUCCAGUUGAAACUUUUCCACAAAGAAGUGUAUCUUGCAAGAUGCAUGAUCUAAUUCAUGAUCUUACUCAGUAUAUUUUACGGAAUGAAGUGGCGACGUCUCUACCAAAGAAGACUACAGAUUGUUCACAAAAUUGCAGAUAUUUAUCUUUGACAUCUUGCAGUGGGAAGGUUGAAAGGGCUCUAUUUUACAAGGUCCGUGCUGUAUAUGUCUCUGGAGGUAACCCAUCAUUUGAUAAUCUUGUUAAGAAGAGUUUCUAUGUCCGCAGUGUUGUUCUAGACUAUGCAGUUGAUACUCCGUUUCCAUUAUUUGUAUUGAAGUUAGAACAUCUUGCAUAUCUUGAAAUACAUCAUGUUAGCUGCCCAAAACUUCCAGAAGCUAUCUCUGUCUGUUGGAACUUGCUGUCACUUCAUCUUAUUAGUUGCAAAGGUUUUGUGACAUUACCUGAGUCUAUUGGCAAACUUAAGAAGCUACAAACUCUAGAGUGCAAUAUUAUUACUGAUCUCAAGACUUUGCCUCAGUCCAUUGAUUUCAAUGGGGAGUUAAGCAACUUACAGACAGUCAGCUUACAUGGUUGUCGGGUUCUCCAAGAUCUACCAAACACAUUUGCCUGUCGUAUCCUGCAUACUCUUGACCUAUCUGAAACCAAAAUAACUGUGCUACCCCAAUGGGUUGCUUCAAUUGGUACUCUAGAGCAUAUAGACCUUCAUAAUUGCAAGGAGCUGGUGGAGUUGCCUAAAGGUGGUCAUGUGGAAAUUAGCAACCUUAAAGACCUAAAGGAUCCAAGUGAGGCAGAAAAGGCCAUGUUGAAGCAGAAGAAUAUAUGGAGUUUGGAGUUGGGUUGGUCUUCAAGUCAAACCGAGGAAGAGUUAGGAUCAGAUGUGGAACAAGACCAGGGUAAAAUGAUAAAGCACACCAGCCUAUGCCAGUUCCUUUCUCUAACAAACAUGACACUAGAAGGAUUUCCAAACUUGAAGUAUAUCCGAGGACUUUUGGUGUUUGGUUCGCUGAAGUCCCUGAACCUGCUCAGAAUGGCUAAUUUAGAGGAGCUGCGGACUACGACAAGUGGUUUUGAAAUUCAGGAGGAAGAAUUUGGAGCACAAUGCUGUUUCCCUGUCCUGUCUGAGCUAUGCGUAACAGGCUGCCCAAAAUUGAAUGUGAAGCCCUACUUCCCACCUUCAUUGGGGACGUUGUCUUUUGAAGACAGCAAAGAGCAGCAGCUAUGUCACGACCCUAACCAGAUAGAAGGAUUCGCCGGCGUGCACGCGCGGCUGGGAGCACGGCGAAGGCGCCGCCUCGAGCAAGCAACAAAGGAGAAAGAGGAUUCGGGAAUUAGUUUUUUGUUAUUCGCUGACCUCCCAUCCUCCCACACAGCGAGUAUAUGUUCAGUCUUACGGUAA